AACCCAUACGAACACCAUGUCAUUUUUAGGCAAUCGAACCAAUACGCCGGGGCCAGGACCUAGCACGGGCCAGGAAUUGGUGAACGACAUAACCAUCAACAACCCACCGGAAGACUCUAUAUCCGAUUUAUCGUUUUCGCCAGUCAAGGAUUUAUUGGCGGUGGCUAGUUGGGAUAAAAAAGUUCGAAUUUACGAGAUUGAUUCGAAUACCGGGAAUAACCAGGGAUUGGCAUUAUACGAGCACGAGGGGCCGGUGUUAUCAUCGAGAUGGUCAAUUGAUGGGACCAAAGUGAUUAGUGGAGGGGCUGAUAAACAAGUCAAGAUAUUUGAUUUGGCCCUGCAACAACAACAACAAAUUGGGAUUCACGAUGCGCCAGUUAAGUCGGUGAGAUACGUUGAAUGCGGACCAACCAACACCCAGGUUGUUGUUAGUGGAUCGUGGGAUAAAACAUUGAGAUAUUGGGAUAUGAGAAGUCCGCAACCAAUAAGUACAGUAGCAUUACCAGAACGAGUUUAUUGUAUGGAUGCAUCGCAGAAAUUGUUAGUUGUUGGGUGUGCUGAAAGACAUAUAGCCAUAAUUGAUUUGAAUAACCCGCAGCAAAUAUUUAAAACCUCCAUGUCACCGUUAAAAUGGCAAACCAGAACAAUUGCAUGUUAUCCCCAAGGGAACGGGUUUGCCAUUGGCUCGAUCGAAAGUAGAUGUGCCAUCCAGUAUAUCGACGAAGCCGAGCAAAGCAAGCUGGGAUUUUCCUUCAAAUGUCACCGGAAACAAAUCAAUGGUACUACAGGCUUGAGAAGUUCAACCAACGGAGAAUACAACAUUUAUUCGGUUAAUCAUAUUUCGUUUCAUCCAGUAUACGGUACCUUCAGUACUGCUGGUAGUGACGGGACUUUCUGUUUCUGGGAUAAAGAUGCAAGACAACGUCUUAAAAACUUUCCUUCGGUUAAUUGUACUAUCCCCGUUACCGGAUUCAAUAAUAAUGGUAGUAUAUUUGCAUAUGCCAUGAGUUACGAUUGGUCUCAAGGACACCAAAGUAACCGCCCAGACUAUCCAAACCAAAUCAAGCUACACGCCACUAAAGACGAAGAAAUUAAACAGAAAAAAAAAUAAUUGUAUAGUAAUAAAGUAGUUGAUGUAAUGAGUAGUGAG